CGAACCAGUGUGGAUAUUGCCCCGUGCUUGCAUCCUCUCGUCCCGCGCGACCUUUUAUACAUUUACUGGGGAAGGCCCUGCCCCAAGUCCACCUUCGUCGUUAUACCCUUACACUUUUUGGGAUAGAGAGGGACCAUAUGCCACCAUGGUAGAGCCGAUUUCGCCCCCUCAUCGCCUGCCUGCAGUCUUUGCGGCUGUGGGUGCCUUCAUUCUGUAUUGGCUGGGCCUAGUCGUCUAUCGUCUGUUCUUCCAUCCCCUGCGCAGCUUUCCCGGUCCGCGCCUAGCCGCGGCUACAUCCUGGUACGAAGCUUACUACGAGAUCAUCCAACGCGGGCAAUUCUCCAGAAAGAUCUCCCAACUCCACGACAGAUAUGGUCCCAUCAUUCGCGUGACUCCCAACGAGAUUCACAUUAGGGACUCUCGCUUCUUCGAAACUGUUUACCCAAGAAAUGCCCAUCUUGACAAAGAAGGUUGGAACAAGAAAUUCGGCUCCGAAGAGGGCAUCCUACCAACCGUACACGGUGCCGUGCAUAAGCGCCGAAGGGCUGCCUUACUCCCAUCAUUCUCGAGACGGUCGAUUCUGGAAUUCAUCCAUAUCAUCCACCGACAUGUCGACACAUUUGAGGCCAGAAUGCAGGAGUUCGAGGCCCGCAAGGAGCCUAUCAAUCUUAGUGAUGCUUUUCCAGCGCUAACUGGCGACAUUAUCAUGGAUUAUUUCUUUGGUUUUAACCAGGGCCAGCUCAAGAGUCCACAGUUCGCCUCCUUCCACGCCGCAUUCAAAAACAUGGGUACUACCGGCCAUGUUGCAAGCCAAUGGCCCUUCAUUCUUCCGCUCAUGAACAAGAUUCCCAAUAACAUUGUUGAGUGGCUUCAACCGGAGGCAAAACCGUUGAUUGACUUUAGACGCCAUAAUGCGGAGCUCAUUGCACAAACCCUGCAAGGCACCGACAUCAAAACCAAUGAUGCCCCUAAGACAAUCUUUCACGAGAUCCUUGAGUCUAAGCAUUUGCCACCUGAGGACAAAACCCAGCGACGACUCGAAGACGAAGCGCUCAUUGUAGUGGGCGGAGGCGUCGAAACCACCGCAUACGCUCUUGUUGUGGCGACCUACCAUAUCAUCAACACACCCCACAUCUACGCACGCCUUCAUGCCGAUCUCGUUGCCGCGUUCCCCAACAGCUCAGCUAUCGAUCUGAAAGUCCUCGAGCAGCUUCCAUAUCUCAAAGCCUGUAUCAUGGAAUGUACACGCCUCAGCUAUGGACUGAGCGCCCGCAAUCCACGGACGCACAAUGAGCCUGUUAUCUACAAGGACUGGGUCAUUCCUGCUAGGACUUGCUUGAGUAUGAGUAUUCCGGAUCUCAGUCACGACGAAGAAUUCUUCCCCAACUCGAAGGAGUUUCGACCAGAGAGGUGGCUGGGCGAUGCGAAGACGGCGGAUGGGACCCCGUUGGACAAGUAUAUGGUCAGUUUUGGAAGGGGCACAAGAAGUUGUCUAGGCAUCUCGCUGGCUUGGACAGAGUUGUAUCUUGUGUUGGGCAUGAUGUUCCGUGGCUACAAGUACGAACUCUUUGACACUGACAUCAGUGACGUGGAGAUGGGUCACGAUUACUUCAUUCCUCAUGUUCGGUUCGAAUCGAAGGGAGUCCGGGUCAUGGUCUCUGCUACGAAGGAUUGAAUGAAAGUAUCACUUUCUCUUGUAAUCUCAUACCAGUGGCGUAGUUUGCUCCCGGAAGAACUCUCGAAAUGACAAGCCAAAGUAAUACCGUGUUGUGUCUCCAAUACUUGUAAAUUUUUCACUGAAUCUACUGACCAUGCUUACCCCUCAAACAUCAAAAUUCGCCCCUUUAUUUACUUUCCAAUCUUCCAAAGUCUGUGAAUUUGGUGAGGAAUUUAGGUACCUGAGUACUCAAUACGACUCCCGAGUCUCACCCUUUUGCGUCCCCUGCCCUUGCCGAACUCGCGCGUAGGUGAAGUUCGUGGGUAUUGCGGCACUUGUGGUUUUAGCCGCCGCCAACAACGCCGAGGUUGGUCCUCCUCCUCAUUGCUUCGAACACUCCCGACUCAUUUCUAGGCCGCUGCUACCUUGUCAAAAAACAGGACAGAUGCAUUGGCCAACGUUCGGGGACUGUCGAAAAUCUCAAACCCCGGUCACCCAUUAGACGUCGAGCAGAGACAGAAAUUACUAGGUUUCUCUUUUCUCUCAGUCUUGUUCGACUCGGCUCAUAUGGAUCAUGGAUAACGCGGCUCAUUUCCAAAGCCCUCAAUCCUCUGGCCAAAUCUAUAUACCCAUCGCUUAGCGGCCAGCAGCAAGUUGGUCCUGAUACCAGCGACUCUUCCUGCAAUUCUUUCGAAGUUCGCAGAUCAUCCAACCCACUCUCUUUCUGGAACGCCGCGAGAUAAUCCUCUAGUACUUGGCUCAGCCCUUUUUCCAGAUUCAAGCUUUCAAUCAGCAAACCAUGGGAUGCUAUGAUAUCACCUUUGUCGGUCGUAUGUGACGAUGCCAUCCAAUACCCCAACAUCGUGCUUUUGGGCCUACGGCAGUCAUUACCAAGCUCCCGCUUGAAUCUACCCAAGAGUUCCAGGACAAACUCCAAGUUCAAAUGGCAUGUUUCGCAUGGCUCCAGCACCAUCGCUUUUAUUAGACGUUUGUCCCUCGGGUGCACCAGAAGCCAUCUUCCGCGUGACAUCUCCUGCUCGAGAUUUUGAACAAGAGAGCAAGCUUCUGUUGCUAUUGUUCUCGUUCCAGUGGUCGACAUUGAUGAUAGGUCGUCAGGUGCUAUUGUCUCUUUCCACUUCGGAUCCAACUUCAGUAAAGCCCAUCUGAGGCUUCGGAGGUCUGUCCUAAAUGUGACGGCUACGAUCUCUACAACAAUCCAGUAGAACACCCUGUCACGUUCGGACUGGUCUUCUUUGGCAAUUUCGGUCAAAUUAGGGUAUGGAGUGGCUGGAAAAUCUUCGUUGCGGUACUGUGCAGGCGAUUGGGUAUCAUCGAGAACAUCCUUUCUGCUGUCUUGUAUCUUCUCUUCCAAUUCGUUCGCGCUCGAUUCGGCUUGAUAUGAUGGUUUCCAUGGUAGUUUCGAUUUCAGAAAAUUUAUUUUUCUGCGUCCUACUUUUAUUUUGUUUCGUGCCAGCUGUGAAUUUUUCAUUGGCACAUGCGACGUUGUAAGGAGGAGGCGGAUAUCUUCGGGCUUUUGAGUGUAGGUCUGGAGAAAUCUGUUCAUCAAUAGAGCAGACUGGUAUUGCUUAUAUAGGUGCUUCUUGAGCCGAACUUUGGUUCCAUCGAUGAUUGUUAAGCUAGGUUGGGCUGUUACAUGCGUCAACUGU